GCGCGGAUGACAAUGGCGAUGACGAUUCUAGCUCUCAGAGCGCCGGCGCCGGCGUUGUCGAUCGCUCCUCGAUCGAGUAGGCUGCUGCUACUGAAUCGCUGGAUGGCGCUUCGCGGCGAUCGCUCCUCCUUGCGUGCCCGGGCGUCGAAAUAUUCCAAUUAUAUUGAGGAGGGAGAGGAGAAGGGGGAGAAGCGCAGGAAGCCAGGGAAUGCUCUCUACCUCCUCCUCCUCGCAAAUCUCGGCGUCUACGCGCUGGAUCACUGGCUGGAGGUACCAGGUAUGAAGCUGCUCUACCUCUAUCACAAUUCCCCACGCUGGUACCAAUUCAUCACCGCGACCUUCUGCCAUGGAAACUGGGGCCACAUUUCCAGCAAUCUCUUCUUCCUCUACAUGUUUGGCAAGCUCGUGGAGGAAGAAGAGGGGGGAUUUGGGCUGUGGGCGUCUUACAUUGUGACCGGGGUUGGAGCAAAUCUUCUCUCCUGGCUGCUCCUCCCUGGAAACGUUGUGUCGAUCGGAGCCUCUGGAGCGGUGUUUGGAUUGUUCGCGAUCAGCGUUCUUGUCAAGCUGAGCUGGGAUUGGAGAAAGCUGCUCGAGGUGUUGGUCUUGGGACAAUUUGUUGUGAACAAGGUGGUGGAAGAGACUCAAAUGCUGCAAGCUGCGUCGAGUGUGAAUCACGUAGCACACUGCGCUGGAGCAAUGGUUGGCGUGCUGCUCAUCUGGGCUCUAAGCAAAAUUCCAGCUCAAAAACACGACCAUUGAUCUAUUUUUUGUAUGUUCACAUCCAACGGCUCUGCUUCUUUUAGUUUACACCAUUAAAGACCAUUUUUACGUAAAAA